CUUGUCCCUUCCACAAAAACUGCACACUGACAGUCUUCACUUCAAUUUUGACUUAUGCAGACAGGUGUUUGGUGCUUUCUUAGUGUUCGCUUGUUCCUGCAUUGAUUUUUGGAUUGGGGACAUCACAAGGGAAACGCACGAUGGAACCUCUCACAUUUCUUUUCCUGUUAGCAGGAUUAGUGGGAACAUCAGCUCAAAGCACAACAGGAAGCACAACUUUACCAUCAGUCAAUGCAACCUCACCACCAGUCAAUUCAACAUCAUCACCAGUCAAUGCAACUACACCACCAGUUAAUACAACCUCAUCCCCAGUCAAUGCAACCUCACCACCUGGAAAUACAACAUCACCACCAGUUAAUGCAACUUCACCACCAAUCAAUUUAACAUCAUCAACAGUCGAUGCAACCUCACCACCUGGAAAUACAGCAUCACCACUAGUUAAUGCAACUUCACCACCAAUCAAUUUAACAUCAUCAACAGUCGAUGCAACCUCACCACCAGUCAAUUCAACAUCAUCACCAGUCAAUACAACUAUACCACCAGUUAAUACAACCUCAUCACCAGUCAAUGCAACCUCACCCCCUGGAUAUACAACAUCACCACCAGUUAAUGCAACUUCACCACCAAUCCAUUUAACAUCAUCAACAGUCAAUGCAACCUCCCCACCUGGAAAUACAACAUCACCACCAGUUAAUGCAACUUCACCACCAAUCAAUUUAACAUCAUCACCAGUCAAUACAACCGCAUCACUAGUCAAUGCAACCUCACCCCAUGGAAAUACAGCAUCACCACCAGUUAAUGCAACUUCACCACCAAUCAAUUUAACAUCAUCAACAGUCAAUGUAACCUCACUACCAGUCAAUACAACCUCAUCACCCGUCAAUUCAACAUCACCACCAGUCCAUACAACUAUACCACAAGUCAAUGCAACUUCAACACCAGUCAAUGCAACUUCAACACCAGUCAGUGCAACUUCAACACCAGACAAUGCAACCUCACCACCAGUCAAUGCAACCUCAUCACCAAUCAAUUUAACAUCACCAGCUGUCACUGCAACAUCACCAUCAGUUAAUGGGACCUCAUCACCAGUCAAUUCUACCUCACCAUCAAUCAGUUUCACGUCAUUAGUCACCAACAUGUCAGAGUCAGCCACAGUCAAUUCAACCUCACCAUCAAUGAACAUGACAUCACCGCAACUCAACACGACGGCAACACCAGACAACGUGACAUCACCAACAGUCACUGUGACUGAACCAACAAUGAACAUGACAUCACCGCAACUCAACACAACAGCAACAUCAGACAAUGUGACAUCACCAACAGUCAGUGCAACCGAACCAACAAUGAAUAUGACAUCACCGCAACUCAACACAACGGCAACACCAGACAACGUGACAUCCCCAACAGUCAAUGCGACUGAACCAACAAUUAACAUGACAUCACCGCAACUCAACACGACAGCAACACCAGACAAUGUGACAUCACCAACAGUCGAUGCAACAGAACCAACAAUGAACAUGACGUCACCGCAACUCAACACGACAGCAACACCAGACAAUGUGACAUCACCAACAGUCAAUGCGACCGAACCAACAAUGAACAUGACAUCACCGCAACUCAGCACGACAGCAUCACCAGACAACAUGACGUCACCAACAGUCAAUGUGACAGAACCAACAAUGAACAUGACAUCACCGCAACUCAGCACGACAGCAUCACCAGACAACAUGACGUCACCAACAGUCAAUGCGACCGAACCAACAAUGAACAUGACAUCACCGCAACUCAGCACGACAGCAUCACCAGACAACAUGACGUCACCAACAGUCAAUGCGACAGAACCAACAAUGAACAUGACAUCACCGCAACUCAGCACAACAGCAUCACCAGACAACGUGACAUCACCAACAGUCAAUGUGACAGAACCAACAAUGAACAUGACAUCACCACAAGUCAACGCGACGUCAGCACCAGAAGUGACAUCACCAACAGUCAAUGCGACAGAACCAACAAUGAACAUGACGUCACCGCAACUCAACACGACAGCAACACCAGACAAUGUGACAUCACCAACAGUCAAUGUGACAGAACCAACAAUGAACAUGACAUCACCACAAGUCAACGCGACGUCAGCACCAGAAGUGACAUCACCAACAGUCAAUGCGACAGAACCAACAAUGAAUAUGACAUCACCCCAAGUCAACGGGACAGCUAUUGUGACCACACCAUCAGUGAAUGGAACCACACCAACAGCUGCUAACAUGACCACAUCACCAGCAUCAACAGUGGUCACAACCAUUGUCACAACAAUUAUGACCACAACACCUGCUCCCCCAAGGGUUGAAGUCAGUAUGAGGAUAGAACAACCUUUCCAAGAGGAGUUUGAAAAUGUUUCCUCACCGGAAUAUCAGGAAUUUGAAAAACAAUUAACAUCAGCACUUGACAAUGUUUACUCGGCAACGUUUGGAGACAGAUUCAAUAGGACAGUUCUCAUAUCCUUAAGCCGAGGAUCAGUUGUCGCAGAUGUUGAACUUAUAUUCAAUCAGAAUGAAAAUUCAACAAAUUCAAUAAAUGCAAGUACAGUGUCUGAAACUUUAAUUGCUGCUGUAAAUAAUGGAAGCUUGGGCCUGCCUGUGAACGCUUCAUCUAUUUCUGUAGCUGUUGUACAACCGACUCAAGCCCCCGUUAUCCCUUCAACCAUCAGUGCAACUACAGCACCAGUCAACAUGACUACACCACAGGCAGACAUGACCACACCACCAGUCAACAUGACCACACCAUCAGUCAACAUGACCACACCAUCAGUCAAUGUCACCAUGCCACAAGUCAACAUGACCACACCACCCAUCAACAUGACCACACCACAGGCAAACAUGACCACACCACCAGUGAAUGUCACCAUGCCGCCAGUCAACAUGACCACACCACAGGCAAACAUGACCACACCAUCAGUGAACGUCACAACACCACCAGUCAACAUGACCACACCAUUGGUCAAUGCAACCACACCACCAGUCAACAUGACCACAGCACAAGCAAACAUGACCACACCAUCAGUCAAUGUCACCAUGCCACCAGUCAACAUGACCACACCACCCAUCAACAUGACCACACCACAGGCAAACAUGACCACACCACCAGUGAAUGUCACCACACCACCACUCAACAUGACCACACCACCAGUCAAUGUCACCACGCCACCAGCUAACAUGACCACUCCGCCAGUCAAUGUGACCAUGCCACCAGUCAACAUGACCACACCACCCAUCAACAUGACCACACCACAGGCAAACAUGACCACACCACCAGUCAACAUGACCACACCACCAGUCAAUGUCACCAUGCCACCAGUCAACAUGACCACACCACAGGCAAACAUGACCACACCAUCAGUGAACGUCACAACACCACCAGUCAACAUGACCACACCAUCGGUCAAUGCAACCACACCACCAGUCAACAUGACCACCCCAUUGGUCAAUGCGACCACACCACCGGUCAACAUGACCACACCACAAGCAAACAUGACCACACCAUCAGUCAAUGUCACCAUGCCACCAGCUAACAUGACCACUCCGCCAGUCAAUGUGACCGCUCCACCAGGUAAUGUUACCACACCACUAGUCAAUGUAACCUCACUACCAGUCAACAUGACCACACCACAGGCAAACAUGACCACACCAUCAGUGAACGUCACAACACCACCAGUCAACAUGACCACACCAUUGGUCAAUGCAACCACACCACCAGUCAACAUGACCACACCAUCGGUCAAUGCAACCACACCACCAGUCAACAUGACCACACCACCAGUCAACAUGACCACACCACCAGUCAAUGUCACCAUGCCACCAGGUAAUGUGAUUACACCACCAGCUAACAUGACCACUCCACCAGUCAAUGUGACCGCUCCACCAGGUAAUGUUACCACACCACUAGUCAAUGUAACCUCACUACCAGUCAACAUGACCACACCACAGGCAAACAUGACCACACCAUCAGUGAACGUCACAACACCACCAGUCAACAUGACCACACCAUUGGUCAAUGCAACCACACCACCAGUCAACAUGACCACACCAUCAGUCAAUGUCACCAUGCCACCAGUCAACAUGACCACACCACAGGCAAACAUGACCACACCAUCAGUGAACGUCACAACACCACCAGUCAACAUGACCACACCAUCGGUCAAUGCAACCACACCACCAGUCAACAUGACCACACCAUCGGUCAAUGCAACCACACCACCAGUCAACAUGACUACACCACAAGCAAACAUGACCACACCAUCAGUCAAUGUCACCAUGCCACCAGCUAACAUGACCACUCCACCAGUCAAUGUGACCGCUCCACCAGGUAAUGUUACCACACCACUAGUCAAUGUAACCUCACUACCAGUCAACAUGACCACACCACAGGCAAACAUGACCACACCAUCAGUGAACGUCACAACACCACCAGUCAACAUGACCACACCAUCGGUCAAUGCAACCACACCACCAGUCAACAUGACCACACCAUCGGUCAAUGCAACCACACCACCAGUCAACAUGACUACACCACAAGCAAACAUGACCACACCAUCAGUCAAUGUCACCAUGCCACCAGCUAACAUGACCACUCCACCAGUCAAUGUGACCGCUCCACCAGGUAAUGUUACCACACCACUAGUCAAUGUAACCUCACUACCAGUCAACAUGACCACACCACAGGCAAACAUGACCACACCAUCAGUGAACGUCACAACACCACCAGUCAACAUGACCACACCAUUGGUCAAUGCAACCACACCACCAGUCAACAUGACCACACCAUCGGUCAAUGCAACCACACCACCAGUCAACAUGACUACACCACAAGCAAACAUGACCACACCAUCAGUCAAUGUCACCAUGCCACCAGCUAACAUGACCACUCCACCAGUCAAUGUGACCGCUCCACCAGUCAACAUGACCACACCACCAGUCAUUGUCACCGCAUCAUCAGUGAACAUCACCACACCACCAGUCAAUGUCACCACACCACCAGUCAACAUGACCACACCACCAAUUGAUGUCACCACACCACCAGUCAACAUAACUGUACCACCAGUCAAUGUCACCACAUCAUCAGUGAACGUCACCACACCACCAGUCAAUGUCACCACACCACCAGUCAAUGUCACUACACCACCGGUCAACGUCACCACACCAUCGGUCAAUGUCACCACACCAUCGGUCAAUGUCACCACAUCAUCAGUGAACGUCACCACAUCAUCAGUGAACGUCACCACACCACCAGUCCAUGUCACCACACCACCAGUCAACAUGACCACACCAUCAGUGAACGUCACCACACCACCAGUCAACAUGACCACACCACCAGUCAAUGUCACCACACCACCAGUCAACGUCACCACACCACAAGCAAACAUGACCACACCACCAGUCAAUGUCACCACACCAUCAGUCAUUGUGACCACGCCAUCAGUGAAUGUCACCACACCACCAGUCAAUGUGACCACAUCAUCGGUCAAUGCGACCACACCACCAGUCAACGUCACCACACCACCAGUCAUCAUGACCACACCAUCAGUGAACGUCACCACACCACCAGUCAACAUGACCAUACAACCAGUCAAUGUCACCAUGCCACCAGCUAACAUGACCACACCACCAGCCAGAGUGACCACUCCACCAGUCAAUGUGACCAUGGCACCAGUCAAUGGAACCACACGUCCAGCCACAACAGCUCCUGUGCCAGGAAAUGUAACCCUAAUCCCAACCACAGUAAAUGCAACAGUACCACCAGCAGUCACCACGCCGCUUCCUGCAAUCACAACUAUGGCCACAACUGCUGCCCCCCGCAGAAGAAUUAAUCUUAUAUUCAGAAUUGUCAGAACAUUUGUAGAUGCACUUAGAGACAGUUCCACACCUGAGUUCCGGCGGUUAGCAGAUGAAAUCAGCACAUCGCUCAAUCCAAUUUACAGAAGACGGUUUGGAAGGUUUUUCAUUCGACUUAUUGUCAGAUCCUUCCGUCAAGGAUCAGUUGAGGCAGACGUUGACCUGGAAUUCAAUCAGACAAGUGAUUCAUCGGUAAAUGCCAGUUCAGCUGCUGAAACUUUAGUGGAAGCUGCAUCAAGUGGUAACAUUGGUAACCUGUCUGUCAACGCUUCAUCUGUUUCUGCAACUGAUGUAGUAACAACUCAGGCUCCCACUACAGCUGUCAAUGCAACUACCGCACCAGCUCCUUCAAAUGCAACUGCCGCUCCUUCAAAUGCAACUGCCGCUCCUACACAAGCAACUGCAGCUCCUUCAAAUGCAACUGCCGCUCCUUCAAAUGCAACUGCCGCUCCUUCAAAUGCAACUGCCGCUCCUACACAAGCAACUGCAGCUCCUUCAAAUGCAACUGCAGCUCCUUCGAAUGCAACUGCAGCUCCUACACAAGCAACUGCAGCUCCUUCAAAUGCAACUGCAGCUCCUUCGAAUGCAACUGCAGCUCCUACACAAGCAACUGCCGCUCCUUCAAAUGCAACUGCAGCUCCUUCGAAUGCAACUGCAGCUCCUACACAAGCAACUGCCGCUCCUUCAAAUGCAACUGCAGCUCCUUCAAAUGCAACUGCAGCUCCUACACAAGCAACUGCCGCUCCUUCAAAUGCAACUGCAGCUCCUGCAAAUGCAACUGCAGCUCCUACACAAGCAACUGCAGCUCCUACACAAGCAACUGCAGCUCCUACACAAGCAACUGCAGCUCCUACAAAUGCAGUGACCCCAGCAAGUACAACUGCAUCAACAGAUCCUCCAUCAUCAAGUGAGGGAACCCUGGGCCUUUCUUUCAGCCUUAACCAGACAUUUACAUCAGAUCUUACCAACACGUCAUCCUCAGCAUAUAGGACAUUAGCAGCCACGGUGAUUACUGAGAUGAACAAAAUAGGUGCGGCGCUUUAUGGAUCAAGUUUCAGGCGCUCGCUUGUUAACUCUUUCACGAAUGGAUCUGUGAGAACUUCCAUGACGCUUGUGUUUAACUCACCAAGCUCAGUUCCAGCAACAAGCACUGCAACUACACAACUCAGUAAUAGACUUGCCAGCUCCACCACUUUGAAUGUCAUAUCAGGCAGCGUUAACACAACUUCUACAAGUACUGCUUCUGCAACUACUGCUGCUCCAAAUGCAACUGCUGCUCCUUCAACUCCUGCUCCAAAUGCAACUGCUGCACCUGCAACUCCUGCUCCAAAUGCAACUGCUGCUCCUGCAACUCCUGCUCCAAAUGCAACUGCUGCUCCUGCAACUACUCCUGCUUCCAAUGCAACUGCUGCUCCUACUACAAAAGCUACAACAGCUGCAACAGCGACCACAGCUCCUCCAACAGAUGCUCCGUCAUCCACUGAAGGAACCCUGGGACUUUCAUUUAGACUUGACCGAACAUUUACAUCAGACCUUGCUAACUCAUCAUCCAACGCAUUUAAGCAAUUAGCAAUCAUAGUGACUACGGAGAUCAAUCGCAUAUGUAGAAACCUUUUUCCAGGUUUCAGACGCUCGAUUGUUGACUCGUUCAAGAAUGGAUCUGUGGCUACUUCGAUGACUCUUGUGUUUAACUCAUCAAACUCAGUUCCAGCAGCAAGUACUGCAACCACACAACUCAGCGCUCAACUCGCCAAUUCCACCACCUUAAACGUUAUACCAGGCUCUGUUUCAGCACAGUCAACAUCAACAUCAGCCGCUUCUCCUCGGCCCACAAUGAUCUCUUUGUCACUCUUAUCAAUAAUAAUGCUGGCCAUUACACAGAUGCUGGUAGAGUUGUAACCAGCAGUCACCAGUAAAAUGUUUUACUGCGUUACCAAGUGUGUGAAAAGAUUUACCAGUAAGCCAAAAAACAUAAUGUGUGCAUGAUGAAAUUUACCCAUUGAAUGAUGUGGUAAAAAGAUGUGCUGUGUCUACAUUUGACACGAUUUUUUUAACAGUAUUUAACAAAUGUGAUGUUAUUAUUACUUUUUUUUCCGUUCUAUUUUAUUUAAAAUACUAAUCAUCAGGAUUUUAACCCCAAAAUGUUAUAGUGGUUACUCUUUAAAGGAGUAGCAGCCUUUUUAAUGGAUAUGGGUUUUUGAAAUGUUCUUUACUAUUCUAUUAUUAAUUGUGGCAACAUUUUUCAUUGUAUCAACAUUUUAAGGUGUUAAUAUAUGGACUAUUUAUUUUCACUGUACAAUCCAGCACAAAACAA